UCAAAGGCGGAACCGGAAGAGGUGGGGGUCGUGCCGGUUCCCAGCAUGGCGGCCGCCUGGCCCUCCAGGCCGCCUGCUCCGGAGACAGUGGUCGCCCGGCUACUAGGUGUCCUGUGGUUCGUGUCAGUCACCAAGGGACCUUGGGGAGCCGCUGCCAUUGCCGCCGCUGGUGGCGAGGAGACGCUUAAGUGCGAGGAUCUCAAAUUGGGACAAUAUAUUUGUAAAGAUCCAAAAAUAAAUGAUGCUACACAAGAACCAGUUAACUGUACAAACUACACAGCUCAUGUUCCUUGUUUUCCAGCACCCAACAUAACUUGUAAAGAUUUCAGUGGCAAUGAAACACAUUUUACUGGGAGUGAAGUUGGUUUUCUCAAGCCUAUAUCUUGCCGAAACGUAAACGGCUAUUCAUACAAAGUGGCAGUUGCGCUAUCUCUUUUUCUUGGAUGGUUGGGAGCUGAUCGGUUUUACCUUGGAUACCCUGCCUUGGGUUUGUUAAAGUUUUGCACUGUCGGGUUUUGUGGAAUUGGGAGCCUAAUUGAUUUCAUCCUUAUUUCAAUGCAGGAUUUGGGCUUCCUUGAUUUUAACAGCACUGUCAGUGUGUGGGUUUCCAGAUUUCCCUUUUUCUUCUUCAUACAUCACUUUAUGGAUUCUGUAUAACUUUUUAUUAUUGUUCAUAUUUUUGUUUUGUUUUACUUAAAAGCAUAUUAUUCUGAGAUUUUUUUAAAUUGGACUUUCUUUGAGAGCUGUGUGAUAAUAGAGUCUUUCUCUGACUACUGUCUCUAUGAGAUAAAUAGCUUAUUACCCUGAUAUUCCAAAGGCAGGUUGCCACUUGUCAUUUUUGCUUCUGAAAAAUAAAAAUAUGACUUAUUCACAUUUUUUAGCUCUUUAUUAUCAAGAAAACCUUACAUGUUGAAUGUAGCUGUCUUCUGCAUUUUGAUCCUUCAAAACAGUUAAUUCACAGUGUGAACAAAUCCCAUUACCAUAUUGCCUGGGGCUGCGGUCAUGUAUGAGAACCCACCUGUUUUUCCACAGCUUUCAGAUCUGUCUCUGCCUCGGUAUCCAGGGAGCGAAAGAUCGCUGGGGAGGCUGAAACCUUGAGGCAACACGGAUACUUCUGGCACGGAUUCAGGCCUCUGAAGUGUGAACUUUUUCCUUUUCGCUUUGGGAGUGAUGCACUAGCGUUUGGAAGACCAGCUGCUGACUCGUCUAGCUCAAUGCAGUUAUAUUUGAAGCUGGAUAGACAAGGUGGGAACGCCAAACAGAUGAUUAAUGUCUUCCAUCUGUUAGCGCUGCCAGGCAGAUGCCGGCGCAAGUGCGUCCGCGGUGCCCCAGUGUCUGAAGGAAGCGGCACCUGAGCGCGGCCACGGCCUCUUCUCGCGCGCUGAGAACAGUUCUGAGAAGAUGGAAAUACUUGAAAGGUUAGGUCCUCGUAAUGCCACCGUGCUCUCUUUAGUAACAGGCGUAACAGUUUCACAGUUACUUGAGUCUGGGCUCCUCAAGAGUAAACACCGUCAUUUUUUUUUUUAAUCACUCCUAGUGCAGUUAGCUUCAUAACAUGUUAGUCACUCAGCAACAGUUUCUGCAGUUGGCGGGUGAUUAUUAAGUAUUGAUACCUAACGUGAAUUUGGAUUGACUCCUCAUGCACACAGAGAAUGGUCUCUUUGAUUCAUUGACUGAAAUACUGAGUGUCUACGACAUGGGAGGCGCUGUUCUAGAUGCUAGGAUGCAGCAGUGAACAAAAUACAAACAUCCCCGCCCUUAACGAA